AUGCAAGCAACCCAAUCACACAGUGCAGCAGAAGAGAAAUCCAAGCUACAUCGGCAUCAUCACCUCUCCUUUACACCAGCCACCCCGCAAACUGCACAGUCAUCUGAGAACCGAUUCGCUGAGUACCGAACCUCUGCCGAAGCAGUGGAGCUGCUGGCUCGGUACCUGCAGUCGCCCCAGGGCCAACGCAAGCUACUUAACGAGGCUGCCCUGCAGCAGUUGGAGCCUGUGUCAGCGAAUCUGUUCAGGUGUUACCUGCAUCCACUAGAGCUCUUCAGCAUCUCCGUGCAGCCAAUCAUGGACCUCCACGUGUCAUCCUCUCAUGACACGUGUACUGUGGAAAUGCUCUCGUGUCAACUGGGGACAUCUAGCCAGGGCAACCAGAACCGAGUGUUUGAAGGUUACCUCAAGAACGUGAUGACGUGGCAGCCAUGUCAGCAAGAGGAGGGCCACGUGGUUCUCUCUAUGAGCUCAGAGAUCCGAGUGUCAUUGGAGGUCUACACUCUACCCUUCACUCUCCUCCCGCUUUCUGCUGUUGAGAAACCAGGGAACAACAUGCUCUUCAUGCACCAUUUGCCCCUUCGUCUUGCCACGGAGCUCUCUUCCUUUCUCCGUGUCACCACCCUCGUGAGUCGAACGCCGAGAUUACCCAGCACUCCUUCCUUUCCUUAG